UAUAUAUCGCAGUAAACCCUUCAGAUAUCGAUAUAGAUUAACCUCCGCUUGUGUAAAUAACGACGGCGAAACCGCUCGAGGGAGAGAGAUUUGUACGGCGGGACGGGCCUUUGCAGAGGGGCUCGCGGGGCAGCACCUCAAGGAGCGCGCGUCCUUCCAUGGAGAUCUGCCUAGUGACGGCGGAGGUGAGCAGCCCCGGCCCGUCCGGCUGGGCGCCCCCGCUGUCCGCGGCCAGCGCAGCCUCGGCCCCCGCACAGAGUCCUCGCCAGUCCUUCGGCGGCACGCCACUGUCCACGGCGGGGCAGCUGCGCGGCUGCAGCCCCGACCCCAGCAUCAGAAGCCUGCGCAGCAUCAGGUCGUACCGACCGCCGGAGACUCGCUCCCCCGACCUCUACGUGCCCAGGAACGCCAUGGGAAUAGCCGAGGCCCUGCCUGCGUCGACGAUGCUCCUCUCGUCCGACGAGGGUCCCGACGUCUCCCCGAGGUCCCCGUCGCUGUGGGAGGCGCUGGCCGGGUUCGUGUGCUUCCUCGGGGACAUCGUGUCAGUGUCGGACAAACCGAAGAGUCCGAAGAAGAAGGUCACCAACUAGGCUACUACCGACGGACGGUUCACUGACAACACGCUCCCGUGUUUGUUCGCGUCGUGUCGAGAUGAUUAUACGUUCAGGCUGGUCGUGUUCGCUACUUGGCUGGGGGGAGGGUUUGUGAUGCCUUCUCCACCCAGAUGUCGGUGUUGUGUGGCACGUACCGAACAGACGGCGAGUUGUUGAUUUGCGUGAUUAAGACUGGUACGUCGGAGUAAUAAACUUCCUAAAUAUCGUUAUAAUUUGCUUAUCGUUGUUGUUAAAGAGUUCUCGCGUCUUAAACAACUCUCCUUAACGUGUAGACUUGUUCUGAUCUCUACUUUUGAAUUCAGUCGCUUUGAGCACUUUGUAGAAAGAAAGAUCCUUGUCUUCCUAUAUUUUUCUAUUCUUCCUUAAACCUUUGAGUCCAUGUUGAGUAUUUGAGAGGUCAGCCGCUAGAGGUCUGCUCUGUCAUCCCAUCGUUUGGUGGAAACUAAAAUUGUUUUGAGACGAAUGAUUUGCCUUUCGGUCAAGUCGCCUUGUGUAAUAUUUGUCUUGGGUUUCACAAGUCUGACAAUAUCCAUGCUCGUGUUGUCAGAAAUCAUAUUCAAUUUUCAACUGUGUCACGCGUACUUAAACCCGCGCUUAAGGAACAGUGGAGAUGUUUUUAAUAUUCAGUACUAUAUUUACUGCGUCAAUUAAUAGAAGCAGAACUGUUUUACUUUAUUGACUCGUGCGCACUCAGAGGAUGACAUAUCGUAAACACGUGUGCUUUUAAUCUUUGGUAGCACUGCCGAUCUAGAUGUCGCAAGCCACUCCUGUAAAGUAAUGGGUUUAACGCCAUGAACAGAAUCGCGAAUACAGCUUGUUUACUGCUUGUACAUACGUUCAAAAAAUUUCGUCCACAAAAUCAGCCGGAGACGCGUCUUAUUUUUUCGUACCUUUAUGACAUAUCCUAAUUAACCUAAAUUUUUAUCACGCUAUGAGCUACUGUAAGCUACACGUUUGACCACUAACUCUUCUGUCCUAUCGCCUGUGUCAUAUCUUUUGUACCUGUGACAGCAAUGACCAGUUGAGAUGUAAUAUUGGGUCCACUCAUUACCAAUUUCUGACAAAAUCAGAUUGAGAUUUCCUCUGGACAAUGGUGUAAGUCUACGCUUCUGGCGUAUUUGUAUUACUUUGUAGGUUGAUAUGCGCAACAUCUUGUUACAUAAAUAAUAUUUAUAUUAAUUUUGGCCUAUGCACUUUCUUUGAGUGCCUCUUGAGUGAUAUUACUAUUUUUCUAGCAUAGAGACUAAUCUUCGUGUCGUGCUUUGAAUGUUAAGAAACAUAUGUUUUAUGCACAAAAUUUACUCUAAAUAAGCUGAUGUACAUAGACCUUGUCUUGUUUGCUCUGAAAGCUAUGAUCUUUGUUAAUUGUUCUGUGUGCAGUCUGACCUUAGUUGAUAGAAUAAGGUGCAUUUUGCAGAACUGUUUCUAUUCUCUUGGACCAAGAAAAGGUACAGGCUCCAAUACAAGGGAAUGCACGCAUAUUUUGCUGCUAAUGUUAAUUAAGAAAAGUUCGUUUCAUAAUAUUUGCCACGUUAUAUCUUAAUUAUUCCCUCCCUUUCGAACUGCACAGAACUUUUUCAGCUCUUUCAUAGCUUAACUGAUUAUGAAAAAACGGAAUUAACAUAUCGCGUUUAAAAUUUUGAACCUUUAUCUUAACGUGUAAUGUGAAAAAUGUCGCCGACUGUUCUGAGAAAGUAGAGGUUUAUCAUAUCCUAGUAUCGGAGUCUAUCUUUUCUGAUUUUUAUUUUCCAUUUUAUUAAAAGUCUUUUAUUGGCGAGUUGAAAAGUGCAAGAAGAAUGCGGGGUGUAUUUUUGUGGUUGAACUGUGCUGGACGGUCACAAGUAGGGGGACGGGUUGAGAAAUAGAGCAAGGGUACAAUAGUAAACUAUACAAUCGAUUUUUUGAAAAGGGUUCUGGCUUUUGCUGUUGCUACAAAAGAGUUCACUUUUGCACAGCUGUUGGUUUUCUCCCACAUGUUCCGCGGACUUGCUCUGGUGAGACUCAUAUCGCACUCUUUGUGGGACCAAGUAGUAAAUCCCCGACAUAUCCCACUUAACAUUAUCAGAUCGUUCUCUUACGCUCUUUUGAGUGACACGGCUGAAGUACUCAACCCGCAAAUAUCAACUUGUGAUCGGACAGGAAGGAAACUUGGCUUCCUACUCAAGAAUCUUGUAAAUAAGUGUAUGUAACUCUUUUUUCAGAACUGUGUCACUUUUAUACUGGCUGUACUUUUCUAUUGACGACUUUCGCCCCGUAGUGGGACCGCUAUAGUCUGUAUUUUGGGUUUAUAGUUCUCUUGUAUAUAGAUUGUGACGUCAAAAACCCAGAGAAAGGUCUUUUUGGUCAGAAAUGCUUUUUAGAAAACUUUGGUUUUACACCGCCGCCGCCAAGCGAUAUCGCACGUGGCUGGCGGCUGCUGAGACUCGCUCAAUGAGGCAAUCAGCCGAGGGUCGAAAAAAAUAUUUUCUACGUUUAAGGAAGAAAAUAAUAGUUCGCUUGGAUUCGAUUGCAGUUUUUUCCUCCAUGGCCUUACGUAUCUAAUGAUUUCGGACAGUAUUAUUAAAUAUGGUCAGUGCACCAUUGCUCUCGGGCUUAAACGGCUUUGUGUGUUUGACGGCACUGACCCUCCUUGCGGUCCUGCAGUAGAUUUUUUGUAAUGUUUAAGACCUAUUUUGGGCGAUAUUCCAUUUCAGCACGUUCCAAGAAAGAGUCGUCACUGUCUUUUUUAAUUUCAAUCUUGGAUCUACCAUAUCCGUGAGAAUAAAAAAUGUCUUCUUGAGCGUUA